AUGGGGCUAAUACCAUCAGCUUGGGCACAACAGAUAAAACCAUCGCCGACGCUGGAAGUCAAGUUGAUAGCGGAUAGAUUGAGGCUGAAAGGGAAACAGAUUUACGAUUUCGGGAUUGGUGAAAUGAACCCAGAGCUUCCGGUCCCUCACCUCCUGAAAGCCGCGAUUUCCCAAGCCGUAAUGGAUGAUGCGACGCACUAUUCUCCAGAGGCAGGCGAUCCAGAAUUGCUCGAAGCCAUUCAUGCGGAUCUUCAUCUGUUCGGAUUAAGCUAUUCCCCGUCGGAGAUUGUCGUCUGCCCUGGGCCCAAAGACGCAGUCUUCAAAAUCUGUAUGACGAUGCUGAAUCCGAGUUCUCGCCGGAACCGAUUGGUCUCGUUUGCCCCAAUCUACGAAUCUUACGAGAACCUCCCUAUCCUGUUGACGGGUAAACCACCGAUUGUCUUGCAGACCGAUGCGCAUUUCCUACCGGAUCUAAAUCAAUUAGCGGACCUCCUGAACCAAGAUGAUACGGUUGCGCUGAUUGUGUUAAAUUCGCCGAAUAAUCCAACAGGGACAGUCUAUCCCCCUUCAUUGUUACAAGAACUUGCCGAAAUCAUUGGAAAGCACGAACAGAUCUGCGUUUUGUCCGAUGAAGUUUACCGCACCGUCGUCUAUGAUGGUCUCGAACAUGUGAGUAUUGCGUCAUACCUUCCCAAUCAGACCUUGCUCGUUGGGGGCAUGUCCAAAGAGGUUUCAGGUACAGGACUUCGCUUAGGAUUUGUUGCAGGACCUGAAGCGGUGAUGCAGGUGAUAGCAAAUGUUGAGGGAAAUACAUCCUCGUGCGUCAACCUACCUACGCAGAAGGGGUACGCACACUUUUUACGGAAAGAUGCAGAUCUGCGCCUGCGACACCAAGUCCGAGAUGCACUUUGUCUGCGGCGGGAGGCAUUGAUGAAACGCUUUAGCGAACUAGUGAAGGGUGCAGUUUGGGAGCGUCCAUCGGGUGCAUUUUAUUUUUUUCCCGAUAUGCAUCUCUACUGUGGUCGCCGGACGCCGGAAGGACAACUUCUCAACACAGACGAAGCGUUAGCACUCUACUUAAUUGAAAGUGCAAAUGUUGUAACAGUGCCGGGGAGCAAGUUUCAGCGUCCCGGGCAUCUUCGGUUUGCUUAUGCGGUUAGUCUCGAAACAAUCAAUGCGGGGAUACAGCGACUGGCGGAGGCUCUGGAUCAGCUAUGUGCUUGA